CCUGGGACCACAGCAGUGUAGUGAUCGAGAAGGGUCCAAACAAGUAGUUUGUCCUCAUAUGGGCCAUAGUAACUAGCGAUUCCUCAACUUUCAGCCAUCCACACCUUUACAACCGCAUCUGGUGCCUGCAUCAUCAGCCUACUCAAAAAGGUUACCAUUUUCCAUCUUUAAGCGGUUUUUCAUCCAAGGUCGGAGAAAAUGGCAGCAAUCCCAUCAGGUGGCUCUCUUGUUGCCACUCAUGACUACUAUAGAAGACGCCUGGGGUCCAACUCCAGCAACAGCUCUUGUGGUAGUGCUGAAUAUGCUGGGGAAGCCAUUCCACACCAUCCAGCACUUCCAAGGCAAGACUCUGGCCACUGGUGGACCUCAUUUUUCUUUGCAAAACAGAACCAGCCCGGCAUGCAGAAUGGCUCUGACAAUCAAAAGAACAGAACCUACACAGUGGCCAAUGGUCAGGUGACCUGCAUCGCCAGGGAGAUGGUUUUGAAGCGACAACUUAGCGAAAGCAGCGACAAUGGAAAGUUUGAGCCAGUAACCCUCCCACCACCGUCUUCCUGAAGCCAGUCCCCUCCACUGACUAACCCACUUUGCACCUUCCUCACCCUCAGCUUACCAUCCAUCCCAUAGUCCAACGUUGGAGAUGGAGAUGAUGAUGGUGAUGAUGAUGGUGUUUUGUAACCUUUAGUAAAUAGUUUGCUUGUACUUUUUGCCUCUGUUUAUUAUGUUUUUAUUAUGACCAAAACAUAAAAAAAGUAAAAAGUUUUUUAAUCUAUUUCUUGUAUUGUAUUUACAUUGUUAAUAAGAAUAAAAACUAUACACCCUUG